GCCUUCCGGAGUGGGCUGAUGGGAAACCGGAAGUCUGUGAGCUGCAAACGCUCUGCCUUCCAGAAGCCAGCUCUGUGCUUGCAGAUCCCAGGAUUGAGAGAGCAUGGCCCCUGGGAGCAGCAGACCCCCAGCCCAGCUUUUUUGGUUUCAUGCCAAAUUCAUUGAUCUCUUUCUCUAUUCAUGGAAGCAUUUAGAGAUUUAAAAUUUCCUCAAUCAACUACUUUGACUGCAUCCCAUAAGUUUUGGUGCCAUGUAUCAUUGAGCAAAAGGAGAUGGUGACAUUCAAGGAUGUGGCUGUGGACUUCACCCAGGAGGAGUGGGGCCUCUUGGACCCUCCUCAGAAGGAGCUGUACAAGGAAGUCAUACUGGAGAAUGCCCAGAACCUGCUCUCCCUGGGGCUUCCUGUUCCCAGAGAAGAUGUGAUCUCUUAUUUUGAGCAAAGGGAAGCACCAUCGAUCCUGGAGCAAGAAGGCCUGAGGCCCUGCUGUCCAGGAGAGAUCGGACUUGCAAUAGAAGAGACUCCUACAGAGAUGAGCCUUUCUGUGGAACAAAGUCAUCAACAAAGAUGCAUGAAUAAUCAUCCUUCUGACUUUGGUAGGAGGGAAAUCUGUGCUGUAACAUAUCAGAGAAACCACACUGGAGAGAAACCUUAUGAAUGUAAUCACUGUGGAAAGGCUUUCAGAUGGAGGUCCAAUCUUGCUGAACAUCAGAGAAUCCACACUGGAGAGAAACCUUAUGAAUGUAAGCAGUGUGGAAAGAGUUUCAAAUGGGGGCACAAUCUUGUUCACCAUCAGAGGAUCCACACUGGAGAGAAACCAUUUGAAUGUAAUGAGUGUGGAAAGAGUUUCACAUGGAGGUCCCGUCUUGUUAACCAUCAGAGAAUCCACACUGGAGAGAAACCUUAUGAAUGUAAUCAGUGUGGAAAAACUUUCAGACAGAGGUCUCAUCUUUCUGAACAUCGGAGAAUACACAUUAGAAACAAAACUUAUGAAUGCAGUCAGUGCGGAAUGACAUUUGCAAUCAGACACCAGUUCACUAAACAUCAGAGAUUCCAUACUGGGAAGAAGCCUCAUGAAUGUAAUCAGUGUGGAAAGACUUUCACAUGGAGGUGCCAUCUGUUAACCACCAGAGAAGCCAUACUGGAGAGAAAAUUUACGAAUGUAAUCAGUGUGGAAAGAGUUUCAAAUGGGGGUCCAAUCUUGUUCACCAUCAGAGAAUCCACACUGGAGAGAAACCAUUUGAAUGUAAUGAGUGUGGAAAGAGUUUCACAUGGAGGUCCCGUCUUGUUAACCAUCAGAGAAUCCAUACUGGAGAGAAACCAUUUGAAUGUAAUCAAUGUGGAAAGACUUUCAGACAGAGGUCUCAUCUCGCUGAACAUAGAAGAAUCCACACUGGAAACCAAAAUUAUGAAUGCAAUCAGUGUGGAAUGACAUUUAGAAUCAGACACCAGUUCACUAAACAUCAGAGAAUCCACACUGGGGAGAAACCUCAUGAGUGUAAUCAGUGUGAAAGACAUUCAAAAUCAGAUGCAAUCUCAACAGUACAUCAGAGAAUCCACACUCGGAGAAACCUUAUGAAUGUAAUCAAUGUGGAAAGACUUUCACAGGGAGGUCCAAUCUUCUUCACCAUCAGAGAAUCCACACCGGAGAGAAACCAUUUGAAUGUAAUCAAUGCGGAAAGUCUUUCAGACAGAGGUCCCAUCUUGCCCAACAUUGGAGAAUCCACACCGGAGAGAAAACUUAUGAAUGUAAUCAGUGUGGAAUGACAUUUAAAAUCAGACAAAAAUUCACUGAACAUGAGAGAAUCCACACUGGGGAGAAACCUCAUGAAUGUAAUCAAUGUGGAAAGACUUUCACAGGGAGGUCUGAUCUUGCUGAACAUCAAAGAAGCCACACUAGAGAGAAACUUAUGAAUGUAUCAAUGUGGAAAGACAUUCACAGGGAGGUCCACUCUUGUUAACCAUUCAGAGAAUCCACACUGGAGAGAAACCUUUUGUAGUGUAAUCAAGGUGGAAAAGGCUUUCAGAUGGAGGUCCAAUCUUGCUGAACAUCAGAGAAUCCACAAUGGAGAGAAACGUUAUGAAUGUAAUCAGUGUGGAAUGACAUUCAAAAUCAGAUACAAGUUCAGGUGAACACCAGAGAAUCCAUACUGGAGAGAAACCUUUUGAAUGUAAUCUGGUAAAGCCUUCAAUGUGAAGUCAGUCCUUGUUUCUUAUCAGAGAAUUUAUAGGAAAUAGGAAUCUUGUAAUUGACAUGAAUGAGGAAAGGCCUUAAAGUGGAUUGUAGAGCUACUGUGUCAUUUGAAAUAUUGGGGGCCAGCCUGUUUCUGUUCUAAAUUUUUGGGGAACUGGCAGAGGUUUCUAAGUUAUUGAUACUUAUAAAAUGUUAGGACAGCACUAACUGCAUUUAACACAAGCCCAACCCCCUCCCUGCCCCAGCAACCAUAUUGUCAGAGAGAGAGAGAGAGAGAGAGAGAGAGAGAGAGCACAUGCCUCUGAGUAGAGUUCAGAAGCCUUAAAUUACUUAGAGAGAAGAGAAUGUGUGACUCACUUUGGGGUCUGAAGGCCCAAGAGAGAGGGGAAGGCAAGCCUGCUAUGGUCCACUCUAGUUGCUCCUUCCAUAGGGGUGACUCUUACACACUGCUCAUUACUAAAUGGCUAACAUCAUUCUAUUCCUUUGCUUGUUCAUGACCUGAGGGUUGGCCUAUAUUAAAAUGAGCUGUAACUUUGCUGACCUCAGGGUCUAGUGAAAGAAAGACCCUCUGAGGCAAAGUCUUUAAGGCGAAUGUUGUUGCUAUUGUCUCUACUGAGUUAGUCUGAUUUCUAUUGUCUUCUGGGCUGGCUUUGAGAAAUUAUUAGUAAUUUAUUUUCUCCAAUCCCCAGUGUGCUAAUAUUACAAAUACUUUACAAAGGGUUCUUAAUUAUGGGGCUUAUGAGAUUAACAAUGUGAAGAGAAUAGAAAGAAAAGUGAGUGACACACUAACAAAACUAAAGGCCAGUCCCCUUUAUAGUGUAUUUAAUAGGAAAAAGGAAAACAAAAAAGAAAAUUUCUAUUUAAGUCUCUGGAAGUUUUCACCUCCUUCAGAUGAUUCUUGGGAUAUCAUCUUGAAACAGUUCUAUAUACUGGCCAUGAUCUGAAGAGAAACUCUUUGCUAGGUUGUUCAGGCUGUUCUUCCUCAGCUGGAAAAUCUACAAAAUUGAUCUUAAGAUGACUUUAAAUAAGUUUGCCAUAACAACAUCAUAUUUGAUCAGUUGUCAAAACUAUUUGUUUAAAGAAA